AUGGUAGUAGGGCCGCCCAAGAUUGCGGUAAUUGGGGCUGGUGCCGCCGGACUAUGUGUCACUCGGAUUGUGAACAGAGAAUUGGGUCUGAAUCCAGCCGUCUUGGAAGCCAAGGCAUUUAGUGGAGGCGUCUGGCGGUACGAGGCUGGUGCCACCAACAAGAAGAAGAAUCCAAUGUAUCGAGAUUUGAAAACCAAUCGACCCAAAGAGUUAAUGGGCUACCGCGAAAAGCCUUGGAACAGUCCUGGUGACAGUUUUGUGUCCCACCAAGCUGUGCAAGGUUAUUUGAUGGAGUAUCAACGAGAAUUCGAUUUGGAGAAACACAUUGAAUUCUCGUCUCCUGUCCAGCAAUUGACCAUUCUGGACGAAACAAAAGGAGGUGGACAUUCCACGCUUUCACCCAAGACUGAACCAUGGCCUAGAAUCCAAAUUGAAUACGGUGAAAAUGGCCAAAAAUCAGAAAUCUACGAUGCUGUCUUUGUUUGCAAAGGUAGCUUCACAACCCCCUCGAUACCUGAAAUUGAAGGUUUGGAUCAGCAUUUCAAUGGCAAGGUCCUCCAUGCGGUGUCCUAUGACAAUCCAGAAGCUUUUGCGGGACAAACUGUCUUGUGCAUUGGGGGUGCGGCUAGUGGCACCGAUUUGGCGCGAGAAAUAUCGCAGCAUGCUCGUCAGGUCUAUCUUUCCAGUCCAUCCUGCAAGUACGACGACAGUGGCAAUCUGCAGUCCUUGGGAAAUGUCACUUGGGUACCACGAACCAUGCAAGUACAACACGAUGGAACCAUAGUAUUCGACAACGAAUGCAGUCUAAAGCCGAAAGUCGACACCAUCAUAUUUUGCUCGGGGUAUCGAUACAACUUUCCAUUCAUCAAUAAGUUUUCCAAUUUGGAGUUUCACUGUGUUCCUGGCGAACGACGAGUAAUGCCCUUAUACAAGCAAUUUUGGCACGCCUUGUACCCAAACCUUUGCUUCAUUGGAAUUCCACAUCACAUUAUUCCAUUCCCUUUCUUCGAGUUGCAAGCUGAAGCUGCAGUGGCACAGUUCAAGUCCUUCUCUCUUCCCGAUCAAUUGUCACGACUAGACGAAGCUUCCAAGGAUAGUGUAUCGGGAGGUGUCAAGGCAGGCGGGUCCAUCACAGAUACCCACUUUCUAGGAUCGUUUCAGUGGGACUACUGUCGGAUGAUGGCAAAGAUGGGAGGCGUCUACAAUGACGACGUCGAAGCUUUCAUCGCCACCAACAAGGCAAUCUAUGACGACUCGGAGAGACAUCGAAAUGGUAUCUUUCCUGGAGGGCCGGACCACUAUCGCGAGAACAAAUACGAUCGCCAAGGACACGAUUGGACAGUCAGCCAUCCAUAG